GGGUGGCGCACGGGGAAGAAGUCUCGCGAUAGGAGAGCGGCGGGGCGGGGGUGGCACCUCUUGCCUCCUCCUUCUCCUCCUCGCGUUAGUUCCGGUCGUAGAGGGGACACCGCCGCACUUGCCGCCACAUCGGGGAUUUCUGGCUCUUUUCUCUUCGCCUUAAAUUCGGGUGUCUUUUAUGAAUAAUCAAAAGCAGCAAAAGCCAACGCUAUCAGGCCAGCGUUUUAAAACCAGAAAAAGAGAUGAAAAAGAGAGGUUUGACCCUACUCAGUUUCAAGACUGUAUUAUUCAAGGCUUAACUGAAACUGGUACUGAUUUGGAAGCAGUAGCUAAAUUUCUUGAUGCUUCUGGAGCAAAACUCGAUUACCGUCGAUAUGCAGAAACGCUCUUUGACAUUCUGGUGGCUGGUGGAAUGCUGGCCCCAGGUGGUACACUGGCAGAUGACAUGAUGCGUACAGAUGUCUGCGUGUUUGCAGCACAAGAAGACCUAGAGACCAUGCAAGCAUUUGCUCAGGUUUUUAACAAGUUAAUCAGGCGCUACAAAUACCUGGAGAAGGGUUUUGAAGAUGAAGUGAAAAAGCUGCUGCUGUUCUUAAAAGGUUUUUCAGAGUCGGAGAGGAACAAGCUGGCUAUGUUGACUGGUGUUCUUCUGGCGAAUGGAACACUUAACGCAUCCAUUCUUAAUAGCCUUUAUAAUGAGAAUUUGGUUAAAGAAGGGGUUUCAGCAGCUUUUGCUGUAAAGCUCUUCAAAUCGUGGAUAAAUGAAAAAGAUAUCAAUGCAGUAGCUGCCAGUCUUCGGAAAGUCAGCAUGGAUAACAGGCUGAUGGAACUCUUCCCUGCCAAUAAGCAAAGCGUUGAACACUUCACAAAGUAUUUCACAGAGGCAGGCUUAAAAGAGCUGUCAGAGUAUGUUCGGAAUCAGCAAACCAUAGGAGCUAGGAAGGAGCUCCAGAAGGAACUUCAAGAACAGAUGUCCCGUGGUGAUCCAUUUAAGGAUAUAAUUUUAUAUGUGAAGGAGGAGAUGAAAAAAAACAACAUCCCAGAACCAGUUGUCAUCGGAAUAGUCUGGUCCAGUGUAAUGAGCACUGUAGAAUGGAACAAAAAAGAGGAGCUUGUAGCAGAGCAAGCCAUCAAGCACUUGAAGCAAUACAGCCCUCUACUUGCUGCCUUUACUACUCAAGGUCAGUCUGAGCUGACUCUGUUACUGAAGAUUCAGGAGUAUUGCUAUGACAACAUUCAUUUCAUGAAAGCCUUCCAGAAAAUAGUGGUGCUUUUUUAUAAAGCUGAAGUCCUGAGUGAAGAGCCCAUUCUGAAGUGGUAUAAAGAUGCACAUGUUGCAAAAGGGAAAAGUGUCUUCCUUGAGCAAAUGAAGAAGUUUGUAGAGUGGCUCAAAAAUGCUGAAGAAGAAUCUGAGUCUGAAGCUGAAGAAGGUGACUGAAUUUUGCAACUACAGCCUCAGUGAAGCAAACAGGAGUUGUAGAUAAAAUGUCAUGUCUCGUGUGUCCUGGUUCUUACAUCUUCCUCCCUCCCUAUGUCAAGCAUGAUAUGAGGGCUUUCAUGGCAAAUUUUAUUUUAACUGUUUCUAUGGUUACUGGAAAUGUUGGGUUUAGUUUCUAAAACCAUGUUUUAAGUAGCUGCAGGAGCUAUAGAUUUGAAUCUAAUGUUGCAUUGGUCUUUUCAGUUAUCUUCUACCUCCUGUAUUUUCUACUGUAAUAAUCUAAUUUAAGGCCUUCCACAAUGAACAGUUCACUUUAUUCCCUGGGUUUUCUAUAAACAGUUUUCAAGAUAUGAUUUGGUUGAAAAUAAUUUGUUAUAAAAAUUCUGUUUGCAAAUUAAACUGUAAAAGUA